ACCCUAGUUGAAUACAUUUUGAAUCCAUUUGAUUUUUUUUACUGAAAAAACCCGUGCUCAAAAAAAACCUUUUUGAGCACGGGUUUUUCUGGUCCAAGUGUAUCUUGUCUUUACCACGAAUUAUUUUCCUUGGUUAACAAUAAUUGUAUUUUUACCAAUAUCUGCAGGUUCUUUACUUUUCUUUCUUCCUCAUAAAGGAAAUAAGCUAAUGAAGUGGUAUACAAUAUGUAUAUGCAUUUUCGAACUCCUUCUAACAACCUAUGCAUUUUGUUAUCAUUUCCGAUUGGACGAUCCAUUAAUCCAGCUGGCGGAAGAUUAUAAAUGGAUCAAUUUUUUUGAUUUUUACUGGAGAUUGGGAAUAGAUGGACUUUCUAUAGGGCCCAUUUUACUGACAGGAUUUAUCACCACUUUAGCGACUUUGGCGGCUUGGCCAGUUACUCGAGAUUCGCGAUUAUUUCAUUUCCUGAUGCUAGCAAUGUACAGUGGUCAAAUAGGAUCAUUUUCUUCUCGAGACCUUUUACUUUUUUUCAUCAUGUGGGAGUUCGAAUUAAUUCCCGUUUAUCUACUUCUAUCCAUGUGGGGGGGAAAGAAACGUCUGUACUCGGCUACAAAAUUUAUUUUGUACACUGCAGGGGGUUCCGUUUUUCUAUUAAUAGGAGUUUUGGGUCUCGGUUUAUACGGUUCUAAUGAACCAACAUUAAAUUUUGAAACAUUAGCUAAUCAAUCAUCCUGUCGCACUGGAAAUAAUAUUCUAUAUUGGAUUUCUUAUUGCUUUGCUGUCAAAUCGCCGAUUAUACCCUUACAUACGUGGUUACCGGAUACCCACGGGGAGGCCCAUUACAGUACUUGUAUGCUUCUAGCCGGAAUUUUAUUAAAAAUGGGAGCAUAUGGAUUAGUUCGGAUCAAUAUGGAAUUAUUACCCCAUGCGCAUUCCAUAUUUUCUCCCUGGUUGAUAAUAGUGGGUACAAUGCAAAUAAUUUAUGCAGCUUCAACAUCUCUUGGUCAACGGAAUUUAAAAAAAAGAAUAGCCUAUUCUUCCGUAUCUCAUAUGGGUUUCAUAAUUAUAGGAAUUGGUUCGAUAACUGAUACGGGACUCAACGGAGCUAUUUUACAAAUAAUAUCUCAUGGCUUUAUCGGUGCUGCACUUUUUUUCUUGGCAGGAACGAGUUAUGAUAGAAUGCGUCUUGUUUAUCUCGACGAAAUGGGCGGAAUGGCCGUUUCGAUUCCCAAAAUAUUUACGAUGUUCAGUAUCUUAUCCAUGGCUUCUCUUGCAUUACCGGGCAUGAGUGGUUUUGUUGCAGAAUUGAUAGUCUUUUUUGGAAUAAUUACCAGCCAAAAAUAUUUUUUAAUGCCAAAAAUACUAAUUACUUUCGUAAUGGCAAUUGGAAUGAUAUUAACUCCUAUUUAUUCAUUAUCUAUGUCACGUCAAAUGUUCUAUGGAUACAAGCUAUUUAAUGCUCCAAGUUCUUAUUUUUUUGAUUCUGGACCACGAGAGUUAUUUGUUUCGAUCUCUAUCUUUCUACCAGUACUAGGUAUUGGUAUUUAUCCGGAUUUCGUCCUCUCAUUAUCAGGUGAGAAGGUCGAAACUAUUCUAUAUAAUUAUUUUUAUAGAUAGUUUUCAUGAAUAAAAAAAAUAAAAAAGGAAUCCUAUGGUUUUUAAAAUUGGUCGUUGUACAAUGAAAAAGAAAAAAAAGAA